AUGGAGGCGUCACCGCUCACGCGUCAGCCUCCCCCCGAGGUCUUUACCCCGAAGAUAGUCGAGCUGUACUCUUCUCUCCUCAAGGACGAUGAAUAUGCAGAAAAGUCCGAGGGCUUCUGGAGGGAGUUUUUCCUCUUGCGGCCCGACCGCGCGACGCUCCGAACCAUCCUCUCCGACUUAUCACCCGCCGACGUCCUCCACCUAGAGCCCCAGACAAGGGACCUCUUCGCCCGAGCCAUUGAUGCCGUCAAGACCGGUCAGGGCCGCGCGCCCUUGCAUGCCCUCGAUACUCUGACCAUUUACCUCUCCUGCCUCCUGUCCAAGAAAUAUCCGCACCCGAGCUCCGACAUCAUAAACGUCUUGGCGGGCCUCGACCACAUCGACCCCAUAUUCUCCGACUUUGUAGGGACACUGGAUGGGAUCAUACGAAAUGAGAAAGACUUGGAUCUACGACAUCGCGCAGUCGAGGUCAUAUUGGCCGUCACAGCGGGCGCGUAUCAGACGACGCUGCUCACAUACAUGAUUCAGAGAGACCUCUUCCCAUCAGUUAUGAAGUUCGUUCAAGAGUCAGAAACCCCUGGCCAGGUCCUCGAACCCUUCACACUUCUCGGUCUGUUGGCAAAUUACAAUAAGUUUGAGUUUCAGAACCCGUAUCAGCUGCGGCUAAACGACUUUGUCAACGAGUCGACCAUCCAGAGGGUGAUCGAGUGCGUCGGAUACACGUGCCAGGCCCUGCGAUCCGACUACAUCGACAUUCAAGAUGAUCUCCCGGAAGGCUGGACCUUCAGCAACACCCUCAACAUGAUUGGCCUCGGCGCAAUCGUACCCGGGCCAAAACCAGAGCGAAAACCGGUUUAUGAUGCAGAAACCGCAAAGCACAUGCUCGCCGCAUUACCAGGCGAGAAUGCGGCCAUCCUCUUGGCCACGUAUGACUUUUGUCAUGCAAACAAGCUGUUCUGCUUUAAUCUCGUCACGAUGCCGGGCGACAAGACAAAGGAGCGUCCGAUUGCUAGCUUCCUCUCCCUCACGUCCUACCUGCUGCAACACGCCCACCUCUCGCAUCGGGCAACCUACUACGCCCACCUGAACCUCAUGGUGCUUCGGCUCGUCGUCGAGGACCCCGUCAUUUGCAAGAGGAUAUGCAGCGACGAGUCCAAGGUCCCUGUGCGUCUGUGCCGGCAGCGACAGCCUUUCUUGCCGCUUGUCAAGGGGGAACGAGUCCUUGCUACGUGCCUCCUCGAUACGAUGAUUGAUGGCAUCAACCACAACCUGAGGCGGCGCUUGGAUGUCAGCCUCUACACCCUAUGCGUGGGCAUCAUACUUCGAUUGGUAUCCUACCUGUCUCGUUCGAGGACGCGUCUCGUGUACCACUGGUCAGAGUUCUUCCGGUCAUUGCUGUCGCUGAUACGCUUCCUCACGACGUAUACCGCUGAUUUGAAGGACCUGCCGCACAUCGAGAUCCUCCUGGACCACAUCGUCAACCUCGUCGCGUUGUCACUGUCCGCCGGCGAGGCGUUCCUACCCACGCCCGCAGCCUACGAUGACCUCUUCUACAAGGUCGUGGAGUCGGGUGAUGUGCUCACAAAGUUCAAAGAGAAUUACGGGCUUAAGAACCGCAAGAGUAACUCUAUUGACACGCUCAUAAGCGUGAGCACGCACUACAAGCAGAUGCUAACCGAGGGAGGGAGCUCCGCGAAGAGGAAGAAGCCCAGCAGCCUCACGACGCAUGAGGUCACGGAGAUUAUCAAGCAGGGCUACGAGACGCUGAGCAUUCAAGCCAAGGAGGGGCUUGACACCUGGGACAGGUUCCGAGAGGCGGAUGAGAGGACGCUGCUCAAGAAGAUGGCCAGGGCAUCCGUCGCAGACGUUCGCGUCAUGGUCGAACGGCAGAUUCGAUGA